CUUGACGCGUCGCUCAUCGCUCAUUGAGACGACCCUUGGUGUGCAUGCUACCUGGAGACUCCUACGCGACAGCAUCAUCGGCAUGCAGCUGACCACAACUGCGGUACCGGUGGCGGGAAGUCCCGAGAAGACGCUCGCUCGCUUUGAAGCAAUGAUCGCCGAGCGACCGCUCAAGGCCGCCGUCACGCACGUCGUACUGCCGGCUGUCACCACCACCACCACCAGCAGUCCGCUUAAGCCAGUGAAAGCCCUCAAGUCUCCAGCGCCCGGUGUCAAGGACACGGUCGACGCGGAUCGUCGCAUCUUGCUCCAGCCGCUCUUUGGCCCGUACCCGCGCGACCACGUGCUUGAAGUGUGCCGCAUAUUCGUCCGCAUCGACGUCGACAACAGCGGCGUCAUUGAGACGAGCGAGUUUGUGGAGAAGUUGUCGCAACUCGAAGGCGACGACUGGCGCGACGCCCUCUUCACGGUCUUCCGCGACCUCGACCAGGACCACAACGGCCUCCGCAAGUUCAGAGCCGACAAACGCCGCUUGUACGUCAAGCAUCCCGAGCGCAGCAUUGCCGAUCGAUGGCGGCUCGCCGGCAUUAUCAAGAUCUUUCAGCAGUACGACGCCAACGCGAACGCGAGCUUGGAACUCGACGAGUUUAUCGAGCUCCUCCGCGAUAUUUUUUGAAACCAUCUAUUGAAAAAUGGUCAAAAUCGACUUGGAGCUG